UGAUGAUGAAUUGCUAUAUGGCAAGAACAAAAUAGAAUCCAAAAAUAGAGAGAUAAGUAAAUCAUUAACAUGCUCCUCCAGAUUCUUUUUAAGGAUCCCUUAGUGGUUGAAUACAAUUUAUUAUAAUUAGAUUCCAGUAUUUGUAAUGUUGAUGAUACAUGCAGAGAAUAACAAGCUAUAGAGAUUAAAGAAGUAACUUUAUAGAAUUUCCAUUCAAAUAAUAUAGAAAUUAUUUUACCAAGAAAGAAAGAGAAAAUAUUUAGUUCAAAAAUAAAAACAUGCUUUGUUGAUUAAUAAUCUGAAGAAAACUUUGCUUUAAGUAAGUUGUCACAUGGAAUUUCAGAACAUAAAAUAUAAAACCCAUUUCAAAGUACAUAAUAACCAAUUAGAAAACUAAGUGAAAUAUAAAGUGUCACUGAUAAGGAAUCAAAUUCUAGAUAAAGUAGUUAAAGAGAUUACAAUUCAUAAAAAGAAUCAAAAUAAAAUAUAAAUACAAUCAAAUAAGUUUCUGUAGCCAGUAAAAUAGAUAGAUCUAAAGUUGCUGCCAGCUAUAGUUAAUUAGCUUCAAAAUUAUACUGUUCAGAUUAAUCUCCUUAAAUUAUACAUAAUCCAUAAAAAUUAUAAUAACAAGCUUUAACUGUUCAUUCAUCAUUAAAUAAACUAAAUAUUGCUCAAACUAAUUUAUUAUGUUCUCCUCUAAAUAAUAAUGUCUCACCUAAGUCUUCUAAUUAGAAAUAUCAUUUAUCUGAAUCAAGUGAAUGCUUUUAAGAUAUACUUAAAGAUAAAAAACAACCAUAUUAAUCAACUUAAUAAUCAUAAACUUAAUAAGAUUAAUCACAUCAAUACAUUGAAAAAAUAUUAUCAGAAAAUGAGAUUUUAUUUAAACAAUUUAAUCAUGGCAAAUAAUAAAUGCUUACUGAAGGAAUUAAAAGUGAGGCAAAUAUUAUCAGAUAACCUAUAAUAGCAUUUAAGAAACAUAAUACAAUAAUCAAUUUUAAACAUAUUGUUCAGAGCAUGCUAAACAAUGAUAUAACUAAAUUCUAAUCAUUAAUGAAAGGUAUUUUUAUUAUUAUAUAUGAUAGAAAGUAAAUUUUAGUAUUUAAAUUAACAUGAUAUUUUAGGAAAUACAAUUUUAAUAACGACUAUUAAAUUGUAUGGGUUUCAUAAAAAAUAUGAUGAAUUAUUAAAAGAAGUAUUAAAAAUGAAUCCAGAUCCAUUUAUUAAAAAUAAAUUAACAGGAUGGUCAGCAAUGGAUGAAUCUCUCUCUUAAAGAUCAAUUUAUGCAACAGCUUUAUUAUUUUAAUAAUGUUAUAGAAUUAAAAGAAAUGAGUUUUUAAAUUAAUUUAAUUAAUUGUCAAAUAUACUUUAAUAAGUACCAAAUUUUUAAUUAGAUAUGAAUUGGAAUUUUGACAGCCCUUUACCUUUUAUUAAAUUAUUAGCUCCUAAUGAUACUAUCAAAUUAUACAAAUAUGAAUAACAAUUAAGAUUAGAUAGCACUUUAGUGGGUUUUUCUAAACUUUAAUGUAAAAGGAGAAAUACAUCUCUAUUAUUUAAAUAAAAUAAAUUAUUUUAAAUUAAUAGAACUAAUCAAUUUUAUACUGAUCCUUUAGAGGAAUUAGAUACUGAAGAGAAAAAACUAAUUAUUUAUGAUAUUUUACAUAGUGAGCCAGUAAGUGGAGCUUUAGAUAUAACUAGUUGUACAAUUAAAUAAUGUAUGGAUUGGAGAGGUAGAAAGAUAAUUGAAUAAGUAGGAUAAUAUUCUUGUGAAAAGUAUUCAUUUUUAUUAGAUAGAGAUUUGAUAUUAAAAUUACAUAUAAGAGUUCUUAUUUAAAGAAAAGCAAUGAUACAUAAAUUAAAUUUGCAGUUGAAAGAGAACUUUAUGAAGAAUGGAUAUUGAAUGAUGUUCUACCUAACACAGAUUUAUUAUUAAAUUAGAAACCUAAAGAAUAAAAUGAAACUAGAACCAUAUCUCUAUGGAUUUGUAAAAAUCAUUCACUUAAAUUCAAAGAUUUUGCUAAUAUAGUCUCUCUAUUAGCAAAAGGUAAUCUUUUAAUGGAAAAAUUAAAUGGAUUAUUUCAAAGACCAGAAAUGCAAGAGAUUAUUGAAUUAAAUGGCUUUCCAAUUAAAGUACAAAUACCUUUUUAAUUUUCAAUACAUGCUACAAUAUAAUGUUGUAAUUUUGUAUCUCUAAAUAAUGCUGAUGAAUUAUUUACUAUACCAAAUAUUAAAUAAAUUCCAAGAAAAGAAGCCUAAAAAAUACUUUAGACUAAAAAAAAAAGAUUGUUAUUAGCAAAUCUAUAUCUGUGA